GCCGCGGCCCGCGCCUGCACCGGCCGCAGGUGACAGGUCUGUCCGCUCAUUCUGAAGAGAUGACGGACCCCUUCUGCAUUGGAGGUGGCCGUCGGCUCCAGGGGUCCAACAGGAGUGGACCCGGGAAGGAUGGUGGCCGGAAGGAAGUCCGACUUCCUAUGCUGCAUGACCCACCGAAGCUGGGGAUUCCAGUGGUCCGCAGUGGACAGACAGUGCCUGGCCAAGCUCCGCUCUGCUUCGACCACACGAGUCCAGCCAGCGACAAGAUGGAAGGGAAGAAAAAGGGGCGUCCAAAAGCUGAGAAUCAGGCUCUCCGAGACAUUCCUCUCUCCCUGAUGAACCAGUGGAAAGAUGAAUUCAAGGCACACUCGAGAGUGAAGUGUCCAAACUCAGGGUGCUGGCUGGAGUUCCCCAGCAUCUAUGGGCUCAAGUACCAUUACCAGCGGUGCCAAGGGGUAAGGGACUGGGGAUUGGGGAGCAAGAGGCCAGGGUGUGUGUCUGGGCAGAGGCCCUCGGGGCCCCGGCCCACACCUGCCCUCCCUGCCCAGGGCGCCAUCUCAGACAGGCUGGCCUUCCCCUGCCCCUUCUGCGAGGCCGCGUUCACCUCCAAGACCCAGCUGGAGAAGCACCGGAUUUGGAACCACAUGGACCGACCCCUGCCUGCCCCCAAACCUGGGCCAGUCAGCCGGCCGGUCACCGUCAGCCGGCCUGUUGGGGUCAGCAAGCCCAUUGGCGUGAGCAAGCCCGUCACCAUUGGCAAACCCGUGGGUGUCAGCAAACCCAUCGGCAUCAGCAAGCCCGUCACGGCCAGCAGGCCUGUACCAGUCACCAAGCCCGUCACAGUCAGCAGGCCCAUCCCGGUCACCAAGGCCAUGCCAGUCACUAGGCCCGUGCCAGUCACCAAACCCGUACCAGUCACCAAACCCGUACCAGUCACCAAGCCCAUACCAGUCACCAAGUCUGUGCCGGUCACCAAACCCGUGCCGGUCACCAAGUCCGUGCCAGUCACCAAAUCCAUUCCGGUCACAAAACUUGUGACAGUCACGAAACCUGUGCCGGUCACCAAGCCAGUGACGGUCAGCAGGCCCAUUGUGGUCACCAAGCCAGUGACAGUCAGCAGGCCAAUUGCCAUCAGCAGACACACACCACCGUGCAAAAUGGUGCUGCUGACCAGGUCUGAAAACAAAGCACCUCGGACCACAGGGAGGAACAGUGGUAAGAAAAGGGCUGCGGACAACCUGGACACCUGCCCCAUCCCACCCAAGCUGGCAAGGCCAGAGAACGGGGAGUAUGGCCCGUCCACCAUGGGCCAGAGCUCGGCCUUCCAGCUGAGCGCAGACUCCAGCAGCGGCUCCUCGUUGCUGGGCAGCAGGCCCUCAGGGGGCAAGGAGAUACUGCGGGCGGCAGGCUCCGCGUCCCUGCCGGAGGAGGACCCGGAGCGCACAAGGCACAGAAGGAAACAGAAAACACCCAAGAAGUUUACAGGGGAGCAGCCAUCCAUUUCAGGGACUUUUGGGCUCAAAGGCCUGGUCAAAGCCGAGGACAAGGCCCGAGUCCACCGCUCCAAGAAGCAGGAGGGGCUCAGCCCUGAGGACACGCGGAAGAAAGUUCCAGCCCCCAUCACUGUCAGCAAGGAGCCACCAGCCCCCACGGCCCACCCAGCCCCAGGUGGCCCUGAGGAGCAGUGGCAGCGGGCCAUCCACGAGCGAGGGGAGGCCGUGUGCCCCACGUGCAGCGUGGUCACCCGGAAGACCCUCGUGGGACUGAAGAAGCACAUGGAGGUGUGUCAGAAGCUGCAGGACGCGCUCAAGUGCCAGCACUGCCGGAAGCAGUUCAAGUCCAAAGCGGGUCUCAACUACCACACCAUGGCCGAGCACAGCGCCAAGCCCUCCGACGCCGAGGCCUCCGAGGGGGGUGAGCAGGAGGAGCGAGAGCGGCUGCGCAAGGUGCUGAAGCAGAUGGGACGGCUGCGCUGCCCCCAGGAGGGCUGCGGGGCCGCCUUCUCCAGCCUCAUGGGCUACCAGUACCACCAGCGGCGCUGCGGGAAGCCGCCCUGCGAGCUGGACAGCCCCUCCUUCCCCUGCGCCCACUGCGGCAAGACGUACCGCUCCAAGGCCGGCCACGACUACCACAUGCGCUCGGAGCACACAGCUCCGCCCCCCGAGGAGCCCACAAACAAGCCCCCCGAGGCGGAGGAUCUGCUGGGUGUGGAGCGGACCCCGAGUGGUCGCAUCCGCCGCACGUCGGCCCAGGUCGCCGUGUUCCACCUGCAGGAGAUCGCAGAGGACGAGCUGGCCCGAGACUGGACCAAGCGGCGCAUGAAGGACGACCUCGUGCCCGAGACCGCCAGGCUCAACUACACGCGGCCGGGGCUCCCCACGCUGAACCCCCAGCUGCUGGAGGCGUGGAAGAGCGAGGUGAAGGAGAAGGGCCACGUCAACUGCCCCAACAACUGCUGUGAAGCCAUCUACUCCAGCGUGUCCGGACUCAAGGCCCAUCUCGCCAGCUGCAGCAAGGGGGACCACCUGGUGGGGAAGUACCGCUGCCUGCUAUGCCCGAAGGAGUUCAGCUCCGAGAGUGGCGUCAAAUACCACAUCCUCAAGACCCACGCGGAGAACUGGUUCCGUACCUCAGCAGACCCACCUCCCAAACACAGGAGCCAGGACUCGGUGGUGCCCAAGAAGGAGAAGAAGAAGAACCUGGCGGGCGGCAAGAAGCGGGGCCGCAAGCCCAAGGAGCGGCCCCCAGAGGAGCCGGUGCCCAAGCUGCCCCCCCGCCGGGACGACUGGCCCCUGGGAUGCAGAGACAAGGGGGCCCGGGGCGCUGCUGGCCGGAAGGGGGGAGCUGGCAAAGCACCUGAAAAGUGAGCUUGGCGGGUGGGGCCCGGCCUCCGCCCGGCCGCCAUGCCCCACUCUGCCCAGGGUGGGGGCAGCUGGCUCCAGGACCUGCUGUCCUCCAGUUCUCCAUCCCUACCCUGCCCUCUCAUCCGUCCAGUGGGGCGGCCAGCCACUCUCCCCUCCCUGCAGGUGGCCCUCACCCUGCUCAGGGCACACCUGGGUUGGGACCCCCGGGGCCGGAGCAGAAGUGCAAUAGCCGGAAGGUCAGCCCUCCCUGGGAGAACACGUCAGGGCCACGGCGUGGAGCAGGCACGUGGCCUUCAGGCCCCCGUGUCUGCUUCCUCAGGCCCUGCUGGAUCCCACCUUGGCGUCCCUGGUGACUCCUGGCUCUGGGCUGGUGAGGGCACCUGCACAGCCCUGGCAGCCACCCUCUGGGCCUCGCCUCCACCCAACACUGGAAUCUGGUACCCAGCUACCUCCCAGGACAGACCCCCACCCAGCCACGGCCGUGCUGACCUGACAGGCGCCUGCCCUCCCUGGUCCACCACCUCUGGUUCCUCUGCUUCUGUUUUCUACCUCUCCAGGCCUGUGCCCUGCCCCACCCUUCAUCUGUCGUGUCACCCUGCUCUGCCGUGCCCAGCCCCUCAGGCCUGUGUCUGCAGUGUUCCCUGCUCGGGGCAGGGGAGGGAUGCUGCUUCUCCCACCUGCAGAGUGGCAGGAGCAGCGGCGUGAGGCUCCUGGACACGGCUGCCAGCCCUGGGGGCGAGGGGCCCCCUUUGUGUGCUCUGCCUCCCACCUUCAGCUUCUGGACGUGGGUGACCUGGGCCGGGGCAGCCUGAUGGUGCAGACGGACUAGUCUGGGUUCUGGGGCCCGUGGGGAGGACACUGAGUACAAGCAGCCUGGCUCUGAGUGGCCACUGGGGGAAGGCAGCCUUCCUUCUGCCAAUGUGGGUUGGCCCCAUGGCCACAUUCCCGUGGGAACCCCUUCCCCCCCAUUUCUACCUGCUCCUUCAUUUCUGGUUGUGUUUCAUUUGGUGCAGGAGCCAGCCAGGGGAGGGCCCUUGGCCAAGGUCACAGUAGGUUGGUGGCACUCCAGGGCUGUCUUUGCUCCUUGUGGGGCCCCCAGUUUGGUGGGGUCUGCAGGUUGGGCAUUGGGUGGUCAGGGAGUCCAGGGAGCCUGGAGGAGGUGACCACACAGCCUCUGGCUUCCUCCUGGGCCUCCACCUUCCAACUGCAGCGUUGUGGGGAGGGGUGGGCUUGGACGGAGGCCGUUUUCCAGGGGGUGGGCUGAGGGCUCAUCCUUGCUGAUCCUGGAUGAUGUGAAUUUUGAUAUUUGCCCGUGUGCGUGUGUCUCCUGGGUGUAGUGGAUGCCAGUCUUGUUGCUGUGACAAGUAACAACCUUUUUUUAAAUUCUGUUUUUUAUACAAAAA